GAAACCAAGAUCACAAUGGACAAGGAGCCAAUUUAGAUUGACUCCAAAGUCUGAUACUUUUGUCAAUAAUCAAUGUGAAGUGUUCAACAGCACUAUAAGGAAAAAUAUAGGGACCUACCAAUUAUCUGUAUGCUUCAAGCAAUUCACAUUGACAUAAUGACUAGGAUCCAGGAGAGGAGGGAUAAAAUGCUCAGUACUUUAGCAGCAAGCCCAAUUUGCCCAAAUGCCAUCAAGAGAUUGAAUAAGGCAGUUGCACAGAUAAAAGGAUGUCAUGUAGUAUGGUCAGGGGGGCCCCAAAUAUUUGGUACAGACGACAGCUGGGGGGUAUCAAAUGGUUGUAGAUUUGGAGGCCAAAAGGUGUGCUUGCAAUAAGUGGGAGUUGUCUGGAAUUCCAUGCUACCAUGCAUGUGCUGCUAUUGCAUGGUCUAAAAAAUCAUAUGAAGACUUCAUACAUAGCUGCUAUUCAAAAACAACCUUCAUUGCAUGCUAUCAACAUACAUUGGAGCCUAUUUCAGGUGAAGAACAGUGGCAAGAAACAGACUACCCAAGGCCAUUGCCUCCAGUGAAGAAAGUGCAGACAGGAAGGCCUAAGAAAGUAAGGUCCAAGAAAACUGACACAACCCCUGCAGGUGCAACCAGAUUAAAGAGACAAAACACUAAAGUCAGGUGCAGCUAUUGCACAGAAUAUUCACAUAAUUUGAGGACAUGUCCAGCAAAGGCCCAUGACAAAGCUAAUGGAUGUGAAAGGAAGGUGAAGAGAAGAACAAAAAAACCAAAGAAAGAUGACAUAGAUGAUGGAUCAACUGCAGAUGAUGGAGCAACUGCAGAUGAUGAAGCCAAGGCAGAUGGAGGCACAGAUGAUGCCCAAACACAUACACCAGCUGAGGGGAGUCAAGGAAGGGUUUUCAACAUGCAGCAGCUAGGGGGUUCAACUGCAAGACCAUCACCACUGGGUAUUUAUCCCUUGCAGUUCAAAACAAGAGGUAAUGCAACUGUGACAUCACUGAGGAACCUGGAACUUGCUAGGAGGAAAAGAGAAGCAAGAUCAAAGCUCAAGCCUGUUUGGAAGCACUGAUAUGUUGGUCCUUAAAUGACCUAGAAUUCUACUUUUGUCUCCUUUAUUAUGUCACUACAUUUGAAUGGUUAUUAUUUAGCUUUUGUAAGUUUGGGAAGAAUGACUUUGUUUGGUACUUUGGUAACAAUGACACAGUUUGGUAGUUUGGUAACAAUGACAUUAUUAUGUAUCUUUGCUUGAAUGGUUCAAUGGUUAAAACUUUGGUCAUUUCUGGCCUAUUUUCU